CCAGACCAGUUCUCGGUUCCUUUCUUCUGGAGUCAUAAAACGUGGUGGAGGGAGGAGGAAGAAGAGCUGCUGGGUGAAAAUGUGAGCCAAGUCUGCACAGAGACAACAAACCCUCCCCAAAGUAUGCGCGGCGGCUGCGGCGGAGCGGGCGCGGGCGGGGGCGGGUGGACGUUUCGCUUGACACAGGUGGAUGCGGAGCGAGAAGCGCGGCAUCAGAUCGCCGCGUGAGGAGGCGCAUCGGGCGGCUGCGGCGUCAACAUCGCGUCGGUGUGCUCUUGGAGCGUUUUUUUUGGAAGCGCUGCGCAUCGCUCGCCCUCUUCGUUUUAGUGAUCGACUAGUCGAGUGAAGCGGAGGAGAUCUCUGUGCGGAGGACGGCAUGUCUCAGGAGGCGAGAGGAAGAGGUUCGUCACGCAAGCACAGCGCCACCCACUGGUGUCUGCAGAAUAUUGCGCAAGAAUCUGUGGACAGCUCUGAUGAAGAGUUCUUCGACGCCCGAGAUGUGAUGGAGGGGAAAAAUGCCAUGCUGUUGGGCAUGAGUCAGUGGAACUCCAACGACCUGGUGGAGCAGAUUGAGACACUGGGACACAUGGACCCGUCUCAUGAGGGUCUCUAUCAGCUGGACGAUCCACGCUGUGCCCCACAAAGCGGCAUCGAGGGACUGGAGCGUGGCGAGAACUCCAAAUGUCCGACGCACGUGCUACUUCUGGUCGUGCACGGUGGCAACAUCCUGGACACGGUGGGCGGCGACCCCAGUGCUAAGGCGGGCGACGUGGCCACCCUGGCGUCUGUGCUCGACAAGGUGACGCGGGCGCACUUCCAGGCCGCCGCCGAGCACGUGAUGAUCAAAUUGGUGCCGUGCCCUGCGGUGUGCGCCGAAGCCUUUUCGCUGGUGUCCAAUCUUAACCCAUACAGCUACGACGAAAGCUGCGUGUCAAGCAGCGUGGACCACCUGCCGCUGGCCGCCCUGCCGCUGCUCGCCAUUGUUUCUCCCCGCUACCAGGACGCCGUCGCCACCGUCAUCGCCCGGGCCAACCAGGUCUACCGCAGCUUCCUGCAGUCCGACGACGGGCAGGGCUUCUCGGGAAAGGUGUGCCUAAUGGGCGACUGCGUGGGUGGCGUGUUGUGUUUUGAUGCGUUGUGCUUCAGCAACCAGCAAAGACCUGGCAGCCCAAACAACGACAACGCCGCCACCAGUGGAAGCAGGAACAAUAGCACUGAGAGCCUCAAGUUCAUGUUUUCCUCUCAGGAAAACCCAGGCCUACUUGGAGAGUCCAGUCCUGGUCUAAGUUCCAGCAAAAGGCUUAGUAAGAGCAACAUCGACAUCUCUGCCCCCAAUGAAGGUCAUUGCCAGGGGCCGCCGUCCCUCAGCCGUAAGCAGAGCGACUCGUACGACGGUGACACGUCGUCCACUGGCCAGCACGUCUUCUUUUCCAGUCUGAUAAAGGAAAGUGCGGAGGUGCGCGGCAGCAGUAGCAGCAGCCCCAGUCUGCUGCUCAACCCCGGACGCUUUGAUUUUGACGUGUCCGACUGUUUCCUACUGGGUUGUCCGCUGGGUCUGGUGCUGGCCAUGCGCCGCACCGUGCUGCCCGCCGUCCAGGUGCAUCAGCUCCAUCCGGCCUGCUCUCAGAUCUUCAACCUGUUUUUUCCAUCGGACCCUUCGGCCUCCAGGCUAGAGCCUCUGCUGCAGCCUCUUUUUCACAAGCUGCCCCCUUUCGCUGUGCCACGCUACCAACGACACCCUCUGGGCGAUGGACGCUCCCUGGUCAUAGGUGACAGUAUCCAGGGCCAUCCCGACGUGUUUCUGGAGGGCGAGCAGACCCCUGGAGUUCCUCAGUCAUCCUCCGAGGAAGGAGGUCGACGGGCCAGCGUGACCAGCAUGGAGAGUCAAAUGUCCAUCGGCUCCAUCGGCCAUCACCUGGGUGGUGCCAUCGCCAAUAUUUCUAGUAGCUGGUGGGGCUCAAAGAGGCUGGAUUAUUCCCUCUACUGCCCGGACGUGUUGACCGCCUUCCCCACCGUGGCGCUGCCACACCUGUUCCACGCCUCCUACUGGGAGUCCACAGACGUUGCUGCCUUUGUCCUUCGACAGCUCAUGCGGUGCAACUUCACAAAGACGCAGGAAGCGGACGCUCUGGACUCGGCCCCCUUCUCUCCCUCUAGCCCGCGGGAAAAGUGGCUGCGACGGAGGACGCAUGUCAAACUGAGGAACGUCACCGCCAACCACCGGGUGAACGACGUCAUCGCCACCGAGGACGGACCGCAGACGCUGGUCGGUCGUUUCAUGUACGGCCCCCUGGACAUGGUGACGUUAACCGGAGAAAAAGUGGACAUCCUGCUGAUGACGCAGCCGCAGUCGGGUCGCUGGGUGCACUUUGACACGGAGGUUACCAACAGCAAUGGCCGGGUGACGUACACCAUACCCAACGACAAGAAGCUUAGCCUUGGAGUCUAUCCCGUUAAGAUGGUGGUCAAGGGAGAUCAAACAUCCGCCGAGGCCUACCUGACAGUGUUGCCCCGCGGCAUGGAGUGUGUGGUCUUCAGCAUCGACGGCUCCUUCGCAGCCAGCGUGUCUAUCAUGGGCAGCGACCCCAAGGUCCGCCCCGGAGCCGUGGACGUCGUAAGGCACUGGCAGGACCUGGGCUACCUGAUUAUCUACAUCACGGGUCGUCCUGACAUGCAGAAACAGCGCGUGGUGUCCUGGCUAUCGCAGCAUAACUUUCCUCACGGCAUGAUCUUCUUCUCCGAGGGUCUGGUUCACGACCCGUUGCGACAGAAGACCAUCUUCCUCAGAAACCUCAUACAUGAGUGUCACAUCAAGAUCAACUCUGCUUACGGGUCCAUGAAGGACAUCUCCGUUUACAACAUGCUUGAUCUCGGGCCCGCCCAGAUCCACAUCGUGGGAAGACCUUCAAAGAAAUACCAGAACCAGUGCCAGUUCUUGAGCGAGGGCUACGCGGCGCACCUCUCCACUCUGCAGUUUGGCCACCGAGCCCGUCCCAAGAAGUCACCCUCGGUCCGCAUGGUCCUCAGGAAAGGCUCCUUCGGCCUCACCGCCAAACCGGACUUCCUGUGCAAACGCACCCAUCUGCGCAGGACCAUGUCUGUCCAGCAGCCCGACCCACCCUGCACGGCCAACCCCAAGCCCGAGCGGGCCCAGAGCCAGCCGGAGUCGGACAAGGACCAUGGAGGGGGAGGCGGGCAAGGCGUGUGGGGACGAGGCGUCAUGCAUCGUGGAGACACCACUCCCUGACGUUGGGCCAGGAGACGGAUGGAUUGCUGGAGGAUGGUGGAAAAGUCGAGGCUGAGAUCCGGGGACGAGGACUACGACGGCGGCGACACAAUCACGGGCGAUGGCGGCGUGGUGGCGGAAGCCUGCGGGAGCAAAUUGCGCUGACGCAGCCAUGCAUAUUAAUCACAACUUUGCCGGCAACGUGACAGACUUCAUUAACUCUUGGUCAUAUUCGCAGCUUCUUGCCCCCCCCUCUCUUUUUCUCCCUCACUUUUGUCGUUUGCCUCAACCGAUGGACACAGAAGCACUUUUUGGCCCACACUCAUGCUGAAUUUUGUGCUUGGCUCUGCCUACAAAGGUUGCACUACCAAAGUCUAAUGCAGUCGUUGAUGAUUCAACUAUUCUACAGUUCAGCAUUACACGGAAUGUCUGCUGCAUUUUUUCCGGUUAUCCUUGUAGCUUAGUAGCUAUUCGCGCACAUGUGAGGAGUCAGUCGAUCCGACAGAGUCUGCCUGUGACCAGUCUGUGCAAACCUAUUUUUCUAAUAAGCAAAUAUUGUAAAAAGAAAAUAAUAUUUUCUUCAUUGUUUGGGACCUUGGAACUGGGCUCAACUUGUUGCAUUUUUUCCCCCUUAUGUUGUUUGUUGUCGUUUUUUGACCAAAGUAUUUACACUGCAGUGCAAAGUGUGUUUUGUAGUUAAUGUUGUGUGUGAGUGUGGGCGUGUGUGCGUGCGUGCGACAGACUGACAGUGUUGCUGGUCUUUUUUAUAGCUUUGAAGGAGGUGCUGAUGUGUUUCCUGUGAAUUUUAAAAAAGGGGGUAUAAGAAUCUAACAGUAGUCAACAAUCUGUGUCUCCUUCCCCCUCCUGUACAUGCUGGUAGAUUGUAAUUAGCUCUUUAAUUUGUGCGUGCGCGUGCACGUGCGCGUGACUCUCCGGAGUCAAAUUGCAUCAAUUAGUGUUGCAUGUGACAUUAUGUAUAAAUGAUUGUAAUUGAGUGUACAAAAUCUUGCUCUAAGCAAUUACAAAAUAAAAAGAUGGCAAAAUACCGUAACAGUGAUAAGAGUAAACGGUACGUUAAUUUACCAGCGUCCAUUUUACUCCCCCGCUGAUGUUUGGUGUAAAUUCUUGUGUAGUGAAAAAUUCCAAUGUGUUGAGUUUGAGUGCUUGAAUUAAUGCUUUGUGAAGAUGUACCGGUAAGUUCUUGACGGUGUCUGUCUGAUGAUAUUAUGCUUGCUGGACACUUUUUUAGGGGCUCCUGCACAGUGUAAUGACAGAUCCCCCCCAAAAAAAUUUCAAUACAGUGGUACCUUUACAGUGGUACCUCUACUUACGAACGUCUCUUCAAACUAAAUUUUCAAGUUACAAAACGUCGCAGAGUUUCCUGAGCGCAUCAUACUUGUAUCUGCUCUGCCAUUGGCUAUUACCGAGCAUCAUCCUGGCAUCCCAUUGGCUAAGAGGGACCUCUACCGUACGUGUCUAGUGUGUAGAGGUACUACUGUACUUAUGAAAUUAAUUAAUCAAAAUUAAUUCAUUAAUUUCGUAUAAAGAGACGUCCAUAAGUAGAGGUACCACUGUAGUUUUAAAAAAAAAAAGCUUUUACAAAGAAAACCAAAUGUUAUUGCUAUGUUGAGCAAGGCUCCCAAUUGAGCAACGUGUUCACUAUUCUGCAUGUCGUUUAUUCAUUACAUUGUGCAAGUGUACACCGAAUUGUGUGGUUACCAAGUGUCCACUCUGCUGUAUUUACAAAUAUUAAUGCAUUAAAGAUGCAAUGUUAAAUUACUCCCGCCCCCACCUAACACUAAGUGUGAAAAUGGAUCGAUUGUUUUGUACAGACAAAAAGUUGUGUAGGUAAACGUCAUUGUGUGUUUGCUGGACUUGUUUCAGGAUUAUUGCAAAAAUAAAUAUUUUUUUUAAAUGGAAAGUUUUUCAGCCA